UGAAAACUGCGGUAAUACGGGAAUCUAAAACAGUUCACUGCGGUGGAUGAUGCUUUCGCGCACUUUUCAUCUAUUUCCUGGUUUUAGUGAGGAUUAGCCAUCGCGACGUUUGGAACUUGUGUCAUUGUGGUACUGUGUGCGAGGUCGUGGUGCGAGUGUGUGAGGUCUCGUCAAGUCCAAAAUGUGGGCAGAGGCCUCCGGAUGGUCGGGGUAGUUCCUGCGUGCCUACCUGACUAGCGUUUACAUUUUUCCGUGGAAGAGUACAGGCCACUGUGAGAUCAACUUGUGAGCUGUGAUCGCUGAUUCAUUAGUGAUGUGGACUCUACAUAUCGUCGAGUGUUCGUUGCUGCAUUGAUCGCAGUAUGUGAAAAAAAAAAAAAUGAUGGAGAUAGCUCUGCGGUCUAAGAUCACAAUCAUGUUUAAAGCAGUCUAGGUGUGGUGAAGCAGCAUUAUGGAUGAAGCGUUCCUGACAGACCUGCUCGAGUGUUCUGUCUGUCUUGAGCAGCUGGACAGCACAAGCAAGGUACUUCCCUGCCAGCACACGUUCUGCAGACGCUGCCUGGACGAGAUCGUUCACUCCCACAAGGAGCUGCGCUGUCCAGAAUGUCGGAUACUGGUGGAAUGCUCGGUCGACGAGCUCCCGCUCAAUAUUCUUCUGGUACGUCUAUUGGAAGGCAUCAAAAACAAUCCGCGACGUGGUGUCGGUGGCAGCAGCAGUGGUGGCAGCCGGUCCCCAUCAGGUGCCCUUUUGGGCAGUUCCUCCCUCAUCGGCCAUGCGAGGCCCCUCCUAGCCAGCCAGCCUUCGUCAGCUGGGCCACGGGGGGACACCACCUCGGGUCGUGGUGAUGGGGUGCGCACUCUUGUCAAGCAACUGGUGCCACAGAUGCCCUGUGCCAAAGCUCUCUACUCCUAUGAUGCCAAAGACCCGGGGGAUUUGGCAUUCCGAAAGGGGGACAUCAUAGUCCUGCGCAAGCGAGUAGAUCAGAACUGGUUCCACGGAGAGCUGGGUGGCAAGCAGGGCUUUGUGCCAGCCAGCUACGUCCAAGUGGUGGUGCCCCUACCUUCUCAUAUCCCUCAGUGCAAGGCUCUCUACGACUUCCGCAUGGGCGACAAUGAUGAGAAGGAUUGUCUGACAUUUCUCAAGGGUGAUGUGAUUACGGUAAUUCGGAGGGUGGACGAAAAUUGGGCUGAAGGAAAACUGGGCGACCGAAUUGGUAUCUUCCCAAUAUCAUUUGUUGAGAUGAAUGCCGCUGGAAAGGCACUUAUGAAACUUUCUAACAAUGUUCAAGUGGGCCCUUCGAGAGUUGCCCCUCCAACACCCAAUUCCGAAGCACCAAGCCAAACAGUCAUUCCAGCUGGCAGCACUCCGUCAGCUGGGGAAUCUCAGUCAAGCACGACAUCUCCCGCAUCAUCGUCCCCGAGCCCUGGCACACCACCAUCCACAUCGCCUCCACUGCCUGCCUGCCAGCCCCGAGAAAAGCGCCACUCACUCUCUGCCCUCAACCCGCCAGCCUCAAGCAAUGGAAGCAAUCCACAGGCUCCCCAUCGGCAUUCCAUGGAGGUGCUGAACACGGGCACAGAGGUCACGUCGCAGCCCAGCUCACCACCCCAAGGGCAGGCAGUCUCCCCGAGCAGGAUUCCCACGGCAUCGUCAAAGCCGGCCCCAGCGACAUCCCAAGGCUCAUCAGGUGAGCCGUCGUCUGCGCGGGUGGUGCGUCGACAUAGUGGGCGCAAAGAACGAGAUGCAUCUUCCCUAAAUUCACCAGGAUUACCCUUGCCGCCACCGGAGCAGCCAGCAACACUGCUAGCACCUUUGACUCAGCAGCAGCAGCCAUUGCAGCCUGUACAACAUGCCACCAUUGCAUCAUUUUACGUGGCCCUCUACAGCUACAAACCGCAAAAGGAGGACGAAUUGGAACUGCGCAAGAACGAGCUUUAUUCAGUGACAGAGAAGUGCCAGGAUGGCUGGUUCAAGGGCACCUCGCUGCGCACUGGCCUUUCGGGAGUUUUUCCUGGAAACUACGUUCAGCCAACCAAGUCGUCGAGCGGUGGCUUUUCGUCAGCUCUGCUGCCCGUACCACCGCAGCAGCAGCCACAACAGCAGCAGCAGAUGGGCACACGAAUCCCUGCCCCCAGCUCACCUCGCCCACGGUUAUGCGCACCGCAACAGGUGCCCAUGGUUCCCGGUGGACCGCCUCCCUUUCUCGGUGGACAGGGCUCCAGCCCUCUGCUUGCCGAGUGGGCCCUGGUGGCUCCCCCACAAAGGACUCCACUUACGACGACCCCAAGUCCAUUGGGACAUAAGCCACCGGUGAGCCACGGACCUGUGGCCCUGCAAGUUCAGCAGCUGGGCGUGGCCAAGGCAGUGGCCGUCACCACAGGAAGUCCUGCCUCCUCACAGGCUUCGUCCGGCAGCACUGGCCACUGGUUGCUUGCAUGGCCACCCUCCGCGACCUCGUCUUACGGGCCCGGUAGCGGCACUUCUACGUGGGUGCCUGCCUGUGCCACACCGACUCGCAACCCGGCCAUUAGCGCCACAAUGUCCGUUGGCAUAGCUGGCAGUGGUGGCUCUCAGGCUGGUGGUGUGGCCACACCCAAUGCACCGCACAGCUGCGCUAGCUCGUCUGCUGCAACCUCCUCCGCUGGCACCCUGGCUCCAUCUGCUUCAGCGGUGCGUUCGGAAAAGCAAAAGGAGCGCAAGGAGAAGGACAAAAUAAGCCUGAUGAAGCGACUCACAGCCAAGCGCAGAUCACGCUCACCUCCUCCACCCAAUUUUUCCUGCGACAACCCAAGUUUCGUGGACAGCUCGGCAGCGGCGGGCCAGUCGUCUCUGCAGCCACCCAGCGCCGUGCCUGUUGUGCACAUCAGGUCUGGCUCGUGUCCAAGUGAGGUUCUAGGAAGCCAACAGGCUCUGCACAAAAAGACCAGCUCCCUAGAUGGAAACGACAGCCUCAAGACGAGGCCCAAGCAGCCUGCUCCUCUUGUCAGGGAAAGGUUUCGCUGCAUCGUGCCUUACCCUCCAAACAGCGAGUAUGAGCUGGAGCUCAAGCAGGGAGACGUCGUGUAUGUGCACAAAAAGCGGGAAGACGGCUGGUUCAAAGGCACGCUGCAGAGGACAGGAAAAACUGGACUGUUCCCUGGCAGCUUUGUUGAAAGCUUCUGAGGCAACCCACCUGCAUCUCCUCUGUUUGUCUUUCUGCAGUCUGGCUUCCUUGGCACACACAACAAACGCGUCAAUUUUAGCAUGGGUGGCUCAGCAGCCACGAACAAAUGUUCCGGUGUCUUCCGGUGACGUUGCAGUACCGAGCUGGGCAAGUAGGUGCACUGUAUUAUAGGAAAACAGCACAACCAUAAGGUAUAACAUUUAGUGACGAGCACAAGGGCUAAUUAACUGAUUUUUGUUUUGGAAAGUAUGGGGAGCACUUUCUGGUGUUUCAAUAAUGGCAAGAAUGUAAACAAAGCACUUUCCUUUGCAAUAUAGUGUAGAGUUGUUUUUUUUUUUUUCACUGAUACCUUAAAAUUGCUGAAAUCCAAGAGCUUGUUGGAUCUGGGUCGACGAGCUCAAUUCUACGUGUGACAAAGGGCUUGUUGAAAAUACACGACAGUAUACGUAUAGCGCGAGAAUGCUAAAACAAGAAGACAACACACUGCGCUGUUCUACAACAUAGCUUCACUGCGUUGUAAGACAAUGUAGUAUGCCAUUGCAGUGUCUUUUCUUUUUUGCUCUGAAAUAUGUGCUUUACAAGUUGUUGCAAGUUUAAAUUGUUACUGAAAUAUGUGCCCGUGUUGGUCAUUUUGUCAUUCUCCCCACGGCUAUGCCAUCUUCUUAAUCUUCGAACGUUUCAUUCACUCAUUUGCUGCCCCAUUGUAUUGUUCAACUUGUCAAAAUCACCAAAUAGAACCUUCAAAAACGGCAGAUUUCUGGGCAAGUUACAUUGGUACAUUCUCGCAAAUGAAAGGAAAACAUGCACAGAUGCUUAGGCUGGAUACUCACGACAGUCUUCCGACCAGACUCGUUACUGUCACAGUAUCAGCGUACAUUGGAAACAUCGUACAGUCGAACCCAACCAAGGAAAACUGUCGCCUCCUUCCACAGCUGUGGCUAAACCUUCUACAAUGAAUUUGCAUAAAUGCUUCAUCUAAUAGUGCUUCCUCAUUUUUAUGGCCUCAGGCACUUUUUAAGCAUAGAAGACAGUUGAUGUUCCCAUACAGAUCCACGUUUUUGUUGGUGGUUUUAUUUCGGAAACUUGGAACAUCCCAGUAAAUUGUGUCAGGAAUUAUGACAUCGCUACAGGGCCAAGCCUAAUCGUUUACGUAGUGAUGGCGAGUGACUGAAAGGGAUAGCCUCUCCAGUCACGAAUUAUGAUGCGCUGUCAGAAGUGCGUCAAAUUCACCUGGCAUAAUUUUAGGUGUUCAUUAUUACAUUCCAAGUAAGAAAAUGAAGGAAAGCGUUGUUCCGUGCAAGUUCUGGUAUUUAAAGUUAAUGAGUGUGCAACCAAUUAUUGAAUUAUUCUGCCAUCAGUCAGCUGCAGUAUUUUCAUAAAAAUAAUCCGCUAUUAGGCCCGAAAUAGAUGCACAGUUUGUUUUUUGGUUGUAUUUAUUUCGAGCGAACAAAAAAAUACUCCUCAAGUUGGU